UCAGUCGAUGAAGCCAAUCAGGAUAUAUUUUUUUUAGGACACAUGCUGCUCGCCAUCUAGCCUGGAAGGCUGGAACUGGACCCCAUAAAUAGUGCUUAGACCAAGCUGCUGCUUCUCAUCUUCUUCUUCCUUGCAACACGGAGACGCUAUCCGUUGCUGCUGCAGGCAGAGAUGGCCGGAGCAGAGCUUGCAAACGGCCUGCACGAGAGCACCGUGGCCAUGGAGGAAGGCAGACGAGGAGGAGGUGAGAGCUCGGAGCAGGAUGUGGCCGUCAGCCGCCCCAUGUUCUCCGUCCCGUUCGUGCAGAAGAUCCUGGCCGAGAUGUUCGGGACCUACUUCCUGAUCUUCGCCGGGUGCGCGGCGGUGGCGGUGAACCUGCGCACGGGCGGCACGGUGACGUUCCCGGGCAUCUGCAUCGUGUGGGGCCUCGCCGUGAUGGUGAUGGUGUACUCGGUGGGCCACAUCUCCGGCGCGCACCUCAACCCCGCCGUCUCCGUCGCCUUCGCCACCUGCGGCCGCUUCCCCUGGUGGCAGGUGCCGUCGUACGCGGCGGCGCAGGUGAUGGGCGCCACGGCCGCCAGCCUCACGCUGCGGCUGCUCUUCGGGAACGCGCGGGAGCACUUCUUCGGGACGGUGCCGGCGGGGUCGGACGCGCAGUCGCUCGUCAUCGAGUUCAUCAUCUCCUUCAACCUCAUGUUCGUCGUCUCCGGCGUCGCCACGGACAACAGAGCCAUUGGUGAACUCGCUGGCCUCGCCGUUGGAGCUACCGUCCUGCUAAACGUCCUCUUCGCAGGGCCUAUUUCAGGAGCGUCCAUGAACCCGGCGAGGACCCUGGGCCCGGCGAUCGUCGCCGGCCGCUACGCCGGCAUCUGGGUGUACUUCGCCGGGCCCAUCGUGGGGACGGUGGCCGGCGCGUGGGCCUACAACCUCAUCCGCUUCACCGACAAGCCGCUGCGAGAGAUCACCCAGACCUCCUCCUUCCUGCGAAGUGUCAGGAGGAACUAGCUUAGCACUGAAAAUAGAUACAGUUAACAGUGGCUGGUGUUUGCACACGGUAUAUGCUUGGCUUGUUAGUUUAACCUCUGAAAGAUUGGGUCACCUAACUGUGGCAAUUUUUCUUUGUGGAGGAAGCAGUAACCUUUCUGACCUCAGACCCUAAAGAAAAAUGCCUGCUAUGCUCUGCAUGUCUGAAACCACAUGCAGACGCGAUUGCGUUCCCACAUCACAUCAAAGGAUUGUAUUCCCACGUCAUAUGGACUUGUAAAGUAGCUGCAUGCAUCAGGUCAGGAUCAUUUUGUCAAAACCACAAGGGCGUCAUGCAUCUUUGUAUAGUUACAUGUACCGUGUACGUUUUCCGCAAGUCUUCUGAAUGUCAGACGGUGCGAUGCAAGUGAUGUGUUGCAGCAAGUUGUUUGACA